AUGGACGAGCCCGUUCAGCGUGUCGACAGAAUCUUCAACUACGAUGACGGUCAUACACAACAGGUCUUUCAUUACAACCAUGACCGCGAUAGAGAUAUCGUCACAAGACUGAAUAUCAUUCAAGAACGCCAUGCCAAUGAAAGGGGCACAUCUACCGUCUGGCAGUGCGACCAAAUCGGUCACUACUGGGGCAUUGACCUCGAUGACGAACGCUACAUGGACAUCACAUUUGGAGACCAGCCUCACGACCGUAUGGUCUACCAUCUUGCCGUCGUAGCAGCCAACGCCCGCAACCCCAGAGACUAUUCCGAUGAUUUCAUGCAGGAUGAUGAACAUUUUGCCGAGUACACCAGAGCCUUCACCAACCUGGCUUUCCACAACAAGCAGAUCAAUGAGCACUAG